UACUCUACGUGAGAGAAGACGAAACCCAAAAGAUGCAGAUCUUCGUGAAAACCUUGACCGGCAAGACCAUCACUCUCGAGGUCGAGAGCAGCGACACCAUCGACAAUGUCAAGGCCAAGAUCCAAGACAAAGAAGGAAUCCCUCCGGAUCAGCAGAGAUUGAUCUUCGCCGGAAAACAGCUCGAAGAUGGCCGUACUUUGGCUGACUACAACAUCCAGAAAGAAUCCACACUUCAUCUUGUGUUGAGGCUUAGAGGAGGUAUCAUUGAGCCUUCAUUGAUGAUGUUGGCUCGUAAGUACAACCAGGACAAGAUGAUUUGCCGCAAGUGCUAUGCUCGUCUUCACCCAAGGGCUGUCAACUGCAGGAAGAAGAAGUGUGGUCACAGCAACCAGUUGAGGCCUAAGAAGAAGAUCAAGUAGAGAGACUCAUAUCAAGAAUCCGAUCUCUUGCUUGCUUCUUUUUGUUGUCUUCCCUUUGAUAGGGUUUUGUUUCUUGUUUCAGUGACUUUCUAUGUUAAAAGAUAAUAUCAGUAAAAGGAUUUGGUUUUC